AUGUUACUCCGAUUUGUGGCGGUUUGUUUGAUUCUUAACUUGGUCAAUUCUUCAAUUUGUAGGUUUUUAUUCACCAAAGUAUAAAUCGUGUUACAGUAUCCUGCAGAGUAAUAAAUGGCCUAUGUCAGGGGGACGAUUAUUGUCUGGAGGAGAUGAAAACUCGGUUUCCUCAUUGUUAUUUCGGUAAGUGAUACAAAAAAUUAAUUAUUCAUUUAUUUAUUUCGUUUUAGAAGCAUUGAAACGAUCAGUAACCCCGCCGAUCAAUCAGAAACGGGCCAGUUCCUUCAAACUUCUGAAUAUCCUGAUGAAAGUAGACCGGAUCCCGGUGGGGUGA